UCGAUAGUUGAAAGUAGUGAGUUCGUGAGGCCGCCGGGCUCUGGUCUUCGGGUUUUACUCUCUCCUUCUCUCUGUCUUUCCUCGCUAGAUCGAGUGCUGGCUUUUGUUCACGAUAGAAAGGAUAAGCUAUUGUUUGUUUUUUUGGCAAAUCGAGAAGGGGUUUUGAGAAAUGUUUUAGAGUCCCCAGUGGCAGUUUGAAAUCGAGUUUCUACAGGUUGGAGAAUGUGUAGACAGUGAAGUGGACGAGAUAAAAAGCACAGCAUGGGUCUCCUGGCGGGCGACGUGCGGCGGCUGCCCCCCAACUGCGCCUCCACCAUCCAGGUCUUCCAGCGGCUGGCCAGCAGCAAGGCGAGCAAGGACAAGGUGGCCCUCAUUUCCGAGAACACGAAGAUCUCCUUCGGCGAGCUGCAGUGCAUGGUGGAUUCCCUGCAGGUCUGGCUGUCCAACAGCGUCGACGGGAUCGCAAGCAAGCACAGGAAGGCGCAGCGGGAGCGGGCCGCCCAGAAGCAAGGCAAAGAGGAGCGGGAAGAAGGAAGCGGUUCCGUGAAGCGCAGCGACUCCGCCGCCGGGUCGAGCGACGCGGCCGAGGCGCAGAGGGCGCGGGGGCCGAGCGCAGACGACGGCGGCGAUAAGGAGGCGGCGAGGGACGAGCAGCACGCCAGGGGCAGGAACCCCGUGUUCGUCGCCAUCUGCCUGCACCGGUGCCCGCGCCUGGUGGCCCUCAUCCUGGCCAUCUGGAAGCUGGGCUGGGCCUACGUGCCCCUCGACCCGACGGUGCCGGCGCUCAGGACCCUGUACGUGCUGCGCGACUCGGAGCCCGCCUGCAUCGUCACCGACUCCCACACCACCAUCAAGAUCCAGCAGCUGGAGCGCGACACGGCCCUCAGCCCGCGCGGAGACGCCGCCCAGCGCCCGGCCCAAGGCGGCGGCUACGACCUCGCCGAGCGCAUCCUCGACAUCGGCGGCUGGGACAUCACCAAGACGGCUGACUCGCUGGUGGCCGAGAUCGCGCAGGAGCCCGGCGCCGCCACCGACGCGGGCGCGCCUCAGCACGGCAGCCAGCAGAUCGCCUGCGUGCUGUACACGUCGGGCAGCACGGGCACCCCGAAGGGCGUGCGCCUCACCAUGGAGAACCUCAUGAACCGCAUCUGCUGGCAGUGGAGGGACCUCCCGUACAAGCCCGACGAGGUGUGCCUCAUGUCGAAGUCGCUGACGUUCGUGGACUCGCUGACGGAGCUGUUCGGGCCGCUGCUGGCCGCCGUGCCCGUCGUGGUGCUCAGGGAGCCCUCCGUCAACCCCGAGCUGCUGAUCAAGUACGUGAGCCAGCACGCCGUCACGAGGCUGGUGCUCGUGCCGUCGCUGCUGAAGCUGCUUCUGCUGUACCUCAACACGAGCAAGGAGUCGAUCCGCGUGCUCAGACGUACCUGCACGCUGGUCAACCUGUACGGGUCGACGGAGGUCACGGGCGACGUCACGUGCUUCCCGGUCGACGAGACCAGCUGGCGGGCGGGCGUGAAGGUGCCCAUCGGCGCGCCCAUCCUCAACACGGCGCUCAUGGUGGUGCGCCACGACGGCCAGGCCUACCACUGCGCCCGGGACGACAUGGCCGGCGAGAUCGUCAUCCUCGGCAAGAACGUCUGCGCCGGCUACCUGGAGGGCAGGUUGUCCCCGGGCGACCGCGAGGCGUUCCUGCGCCUGUCGUCCAUCCGCAUCGACGACGAGGCCAAGAAGAAGAAGGUGCAGGACUUCCUGGCCGCCCUCGACUCCAGCUCGGAGCACGACCCGAGGUCCAGCCCGAGCAGGUCGUCCUCGCAAAAGGACGGCGACGUCGGCCGAGUCCUCGAGAACAACACCAAGAAGCUGGUGAGCUUCAUCCGCUCCAAGUCUACGGAGUCGAGCUCGCCGCGGCGCGAGGGCAGUGGCGGCAGCAGCCCGAAGGCCGCCAGCAGCCCCAAGGCCGCCAGCAGCCCCAAGGCCGCCAGCCCGACGGCGUCCAGAGUCAAGUUCCCCGACAGGCAGUGGUCCAAACGGCUCAGCCCGUCCACGCCGCCGCCGCCGCCGCCCAGGGACGCCCUCGUCUACCGCACCGGCGACUACGGGAAGGUCGUGGGCGGCCAGGUGGUGUUCGAGGGGCGGCGGGACGCGCAGGUCAAGGUGCGCGGCGUCAGGGUCAGUCUGGCGGAGGUGGAGGACGCCGUGCACAGGAGCGGAUACGCCGAGUCCCACUACGUCCUGGCGGCCACAGAGCAGGACUCCGAGGACGAGGACCCUGUGCUCGUGGCCUACGUCGUGCUCAAGAAGGAGUUCGAGGACCGAGACACCCCGAUCACCGAGGACUUGCUCCGGUGCCUCAGAACCUUCCUGCCGCAGGUGAUGGUGCCCCGGCUGGUGGUGGUGGAUUCGCUGCCCCACCUGCCGAGCGGGAAGGUGGACCGUCAGGGGCUGCUGCAGAUGUACCGGAGGAGGAUGUCCUACAGGAACUCCAAGGAUAAUAUCCUGAUCCUGAGGAAGGAGGAACCGAUCGAGUCCCGAGUGCGGCGCAUCAUCUGCAGCGCCCUCGGAGUCGACAAGUCCUACGAUAUCCUGAACCAGAAUUUCUUCGCUUUGGGCGGGACCUCCAUCACCUCCGUGGGUGUGGUGGUGAGGCUAAGGGAGCUGGGCCUCGACGUCACCCUCGAGGCUUUCCUCAAGGCCGCUACCAUCGGCGAGGUCGUCAAUGACAUCCUGAAGGCCAAGACGAUGGCGGAGGUGAUGAACCUCUUCUGCUCGCCCUCCCCUGCGCCCUCCGCCCCCCUGCCGCGCCCCACGCCGGCAGGGGGCGGCGACGACGAGGGUGACGAGGACGAGGACCCCGUGCCCGACUUUGGCAUCCCCGCCCUGCACCCUGACCUGCCCAUGUGCGCCUCGGCCACGCCCCAGGGACCCCGCAGGACCGCUAAGGGCAUCAAGCUGGCGCUCCUGCACACGCUCCCCGUCUCUCAGGGCGUCGACAAGCACGCGGUGGUUGAGAUGAUCGCCGAGAGUUUCACCACCAAGAACCCGCUGGACGUGACCCUCGGCGUCCCUCGCGCAGCCCACAGGCACCUCCUGACCUCCCUGUGGCCGCGCCUCGUGCAGGAUGACCUCAGCUUCGUCGUGAAGGAUCCGCAGAGAGGCAUCCUCGGCGUCGUCAUCAACACGGAUUUGUUCAAUGAGCCGCAGGUCACAGUCCCUGCGAGCAUGGAGGACAUUGUGGCCCUGCACGAGCCGUUGGAGGAGGAGGUCCGGCAUCAACUUCGUCAGGAGGCCCGAGGACGAAGCGGUCGGUGGGUCCACAACCUGUUCCUGGCCACCAGCACUUGCCUCACGCCGCAGGACAACGUGAGGCUAGCCCUACACCUGGAGAAGGAACUCCUGAGGAUGGCGCAGACGAGGCAGUACCAUGGCGUCUUCACCGUCAAUUCUAAUCCUUUGAAUCAGAUGCUGUGUGAAAAUUACCUGAACUAUCAGCGACAGGGAGCCGUGCGCGUGGCCACCUUCACCAACCAGGGACGUCGACCUUUUGAAAAACUUCCCCACGACCUCCUCUUAGUGGCUAUGACCAAGACUCUCUAAUCAAACGGACCUACAUCUUCAGUGAGCUUCGAAUGCGGAAGAGAGACAGAAUAAGAUCGAAUAACUUUAGGAGGAAAACAUAAAGGUGUUCCUCGGAUGUAGUUGGUGAAACGGGGAGCUGGUACGUGACGAACUGAGGAGUUCGUCCGGAAAGCUUUAAAGGGGAAAAAAAGAGAGGUUUAUCGGACGUAUUGACUCAGUGAGAAGGUGAACUUCAGCCUGUGCUUCCAAUGAAAGCUUUCCAGAGAAGGGGAGGAGAGAGGAUUCUUUCGGGAGGAUACUAUAUUCCCAAGAGGACUUUGAAACAUUGUUCAGGAGGAUUAUUCGUGGUCCUCAGAAAGGAAUCGCCGACGAGGGAAAGGCGAAGGCGUCCCACUCCGUAAAAUGGUUGUGAUUUGUAGGUUAUAUAUAGUGUUCCAUAGUAAGCUGUGUGAUCCGGUGUUGUGCAGCUUUUGAAGGCUAAAAGCUUUUUAUCGGCAACAAGUGGUGUUAUAUAUCCCGAACCCUCUUUAUCAAUAAUCAUCAACAUCGUUAGUAUCCGUCGCUACCCCUGGCGUGGCUCCAUCGUGAACGACAUUGGCCCAGGGGUUAUCGUUAGUCUGCCGCCGCGUCUUGUAGGAUUUGCAACAUGCUGUUCACGCGCGUCUUCAUCCAGGAGAGAAAGCGGUGGUCGGGCUCUCACUUCCGUCUCUCAGAAGUAGACGCAACACAAUUUUCUUAAAACAUAAAACACAGAAAGUUUAACACAUAGAAUACAGUACAUCAUAACCUAUGAAUCAUAUUAAUAACGCACAAUAUCCCCAUAGACCUACAUGGUACUCGAUCUAACAAAUCAUGUAGGUACACAGUUACUCUCAAUCUAUCAAGACAUUUAGCGAAAAAAUAGACAGGCCUCUUUGCUUACUUUAGCCAAAACCUUCGACUAAGUUUAUCCAUAUAAGACAAACUCUUAAAUCACAAUACUACGGGACCACAAAAUCACAACUUUUCUGACACGUAAAAUCCAGAGUAUCCUACCUGACUUUUCCUUCUUACGUUUCCUCUGAGGUCUCUCAAGCUACCAUUCUUAGUCUGUUUCUCUUGGUUAUAUAAAAAAUGACUUCCUACUAUCCACAUCUAACUGUUUUGAUAAAUUCUUUGCUGAAGAUGGUUGUCUCUUUCGGCCUGAUCUUACUGAAAGUGACUACAGACUCUUUCAGCUACACAUGACUUAGAAAACACGUAGAAUAUUCCAAACACAAGUAUGCGUUUUACAAAGUCACACACACACCGAAUACACUUGAACAUUACAGACCAAACAACAGGCACUCACACACAACGUAUCAUCCAUAUUUCGGGGGUACACCUUGUACAUAACUUCAGCCUCAACACAUGUCGACUGCUAUAUCACAAACGAAGUCUACAUAUCACAUUAACACAAACGUCCUUACAAGUUAUUCAUAUUUCCCACGCAACACUACAGACCUUCAGAAGCCAAUAACGUCAUCAUCCACCAACACUACUUAAAGAAACGUAAACACUGCCACUUAAACCAUAAUCUUUCGAGAUUCUCUCCUCAGCAACCAACCUCAUGUGCUUAUUGAGACUGAGAGAUUUACAGGAAGUGACAGGUGACACGUCAAUUAUAUUUUGUAUGAUUAUCCAUCAGCCGACAUUUUCAUAUCAUUAUCAUAGUUGUGAUACUGGAUAUUGUAAUGAAGAUAAAUAAUGUAAGAGUUGCAUUAGCAUUUCAUUUGGUUGGCAUCUCAACUGCAUCAUAGCUGUCCUGUAUUUUUGUCUUUAGGGUAAAAAAUAGCAGUGUCAUAGUUGUAAAAAAAAAAGUGUGUUGCUAUGGUAACCAAAAAGCCCUCUUCAAGAUUUUUUUUCACGAUUAUUAAAGCCCUAAAAAUAGUGGAAAUUCAGAUCUAAGGGGAGACUGAAGAAAUCGCAUUUUUUCAUUAUUCUUUGGAAAUACAGAGUGGGACAAAAAUAGUGCCAGGGAAAAGUCGACUUCAGCAGAACAGUAGACGACAUAUAUCUCUAACAACACAUGUUUUACACAAACGAUAAAAGGGAGAGACAUUAGACCACGACUUUUCUCUCGAACAAAAAACAAUAAAUAUAAUGGACACACACAUAUGUAUAGCAUUUACCACAUUUACUCACCACAGAAAACGGGUAAUUAGUGCAGUGGGUCAGAACAGAGAGUAAAAAGAACAUUUUGUCGAUAUACUAAUCAAAUAAUACAUCCUCUUACUUCUGAAUCUAUCUAUCUAUCCAUCUAUCUAUCUAUCCAUCUAUCUAUCUAUCUAUUUUUUUUUUUCUUUUUCUUUCUCCCCUUAUCUGAAUUUUCAAUCAAAGGGCAUUUAGCUGCAAAUAUUUUAAACCGUGUUAUCCCAUUUUUAUUGCAAUCAUCAUUGUCAUUAUUAAUUUAUCAUUAUCACUGUCAUUAUU